CAAUUUUAGUUUCGGGCUGGAAACUGUGAUCGGAAGAUGAACAACAGCAGCUGUUCUUCGGUUGACGAACCUCCAGACGUGGCAGGAUUACGUCAUUUGACUUACGCCAUCAUCAUGCCUGUGAUUCUCGCCUUUGGCAUGUUGUUCAAUACUUUCUCUCUCGUUGCAGCGGCCCGUUCCAACCUCAAUUCCAUCGCUCUCUCCUACCUUUUUGCAAUCAUUUUGUCGAACUUAUCGCUUAUGAUUCUAGCCGUGCCGUGGCUCAUGCACCGAGCCUCACAAUCAGAUCAAUGCUACUCUCACGCAACGGCAUUUUAUCACGCCAACAUCGAGCCGAUAUUACUCAAUUGGUUGGCUACGUUUUCGACCUACGUUUUACUGUGCAUGAGUAUCGAACGAUUCGUUUCAGUUAUUCAGCCUUCAUUAUUCCAUCGAAUUCACGUGUUAUCAAGAGCCGUAUUGGCUCUAGCAACGUCUUUGUGCAUGUGCCUUAUCUUUCACCUACCCACAUACCUGAAAUGGAGUAUCACUUGUCCUGAUUGCUGGUCUGUAACAAUUGAAAAGGAUGUCACCUCCACAACAUUGUGGUGGAUCUAUAUCUACACUUCACAGACAAUGGCCAGGUUUGCACCGUGCGCUGCUCUGGUUCUCUUAAACAUCAUCACCAUAUUCAAAUAUCGACGCAUCAUCAACAAACGGAGUCGGAUGACGACCAAUGCCGUAUCAGCGUCUCAGACAAACACGCCGAGUAAUUCCACCAACAACUUAUCAAUCGUCAAAAAGAAAAUCGUGUUGAGUGCGUCUAGUCAAGACGAGAAACGUCAGUUGAAACUGCUCAGCGGAUUGGUUUGUCUAGUCGCUGUGUGUAUCGUCCCGGCCGGUGUGGCCGCCUUGCUGCCUCAACCAGAUGGAAACGAACAUUACGUGUUUGGUUUUGUGGUGGAAGCGCUCGAGCUGUUCCACCACUCUGUGAUUUCUCUAGUAAUUUGUAUGUGCAAUAACGACAUUCAUCGAAGAGUCAGGAAAAUGAUAACAUGUAAUUCUGUCUCCUUCUGAAUCGAUACGAAACAAUGGGUUUUCUAUAAAUGAUAUAACACUGACGACAGGCGAAUUUUUCUCUCUGUGUGUGCGUGGUGCCUGUUAAGAGAUUUGAGAGUAUUUGACGCGUAAAUUAAGAACGGCCAGCAAUGUUGGUCCUCUUGGGUGCUGGGACAAUUUCUUCUUCCAACACAUCGGGUUCCAGCAAGUCUCCUUCGCUGGUCUUGUACCAGUCAACGCUGUUUUGUUUUUUUUAAAGAAAAAGGAUAUCAAAGUGAAUUUAAAAUACAAUUUGUUUCAAUUUUG